GGGUCCUACGAAUUCGCGCCACGUUUCAAAUUGUCGUACGGUUCGCGUGGUUCGGGUUCUUCCGGUGAAGAGUGGAGCGAGCACGAGACUUUCGUGCUACUGGAGGUGUGGGGGGACAAGUUCCUCCAGCUCGGGAGGAACAGUUUAAGGUCCGAGGAAUGGCACGAGGUUGCCGAAAAGGUUUCGGAGGAAUUGAAGACAGAGAGAAGCGUGACGCAGUGUAGUAGCGUGCUGGACAAGCUGAAGAGAAAGUACAAGAAGGAGAAAACCAAAAUGGAUGAAAUGGGGAUGGGCUCUUGCAAAUGGCCCUUCUUCAAGAAGAUGGACAUGUUGAUGGCAUCCUCUGCAAGGCAAGAGUAUGGCCUUGCGUGUGGGGUGGAUUCUGGGGAGUAUGUGUUUAUGAACACUAGGGUUUACUUGAACAGGUCCAAUGGAUUUGAUGAGAUGAGGGAUAGUCCAGGGGAGUCUGAGAGUGAUGAUGAUGAGGAAGAAGAGGAGUUUGGUGGUGGCGGUGCUGCUGAUGAGGAGGAUGAGACAUCGUUCCGUGUGUUGGCGGAUUCGAUUCAGAAGUUUGGGAAGAUUUAUGAGAAGAUUGAGAACAGCAAGAGGCAGCAGAUGAUGGAGUUGGAGAAGAUGAGGCUGGAUUUUAACAGGGAGUUGGAGCUGCAGAAGAAGCAGAUUCUCGAGAGGGCGCAGGCUGAGAUUGCCAAAAUUCAGGACGGGGAUGAGGAGGAAACCGACACUUCCACGGAGAAUCUCAGUGAAUGAUUAGAUAAUCCUGGAAAGGGUGGUGAUAUCUUGAUAGAGUGCACCAGUUUCGGAGGGAACAUCGUCUACACACUGAUAAAGAGAUCCUCCCAGUAAGGUUUUUGACCUUUAUGUUCCCUGAUAAUGGGGAAGUUGAUUAGAAAGGGUAAUUUUUUGUACGGGUGACUAACAAUAAUUUUGGUGCACCAUUAAAUAAUUUGUAGCACAUUUCUGUAA